ACAAACACUCGGCAUUCCUUUCUUUUGCCUCUAUGGUGAAGGAGAGAGAAUGGAGGGAUGGGGUGAUGGUGAACGGGAAAGAGAAGAAUGAUCAUCAGCAAGGCUCUUAGACUUGGGAAACGGAUGUGUGUGAAACUGGAACCGAUCGCUUGAGGUGUGUGUGUGACGUAUAAUUCGGUGCAUUGAGGUAGAUGUCCGGGAUAUACACGAGCAGAACGGGAGGCCCGCGUGACUGCUGCAGGGAAGAGAGAAGAGGACAGAGGGGGUGAGUUUGUGUGGUCCAUCGCAAAACUCCCAUGGAGGUAAAAUAUGGAAAGAGGAGGAAUAGCAAAUGAAAACAGCACAAACGUGCCGACGGCUCAAGGAGAAUGGACUUUCUAUAAUUGAUUUACGUUUACUUUCGACGGAUUUAAGUAAUUUCUUAACCUGAACGGUUUGCCGACCGGACCGAUUAAGAUCUGAUCAAGAGCUAUCUCUCUCAUCCUUCGGAUGGGUCCGGUAGUCGGUCCUUCGUGAGGACAGGACAACUCGGGCCUUGUUUCGAUGCUUGUUCCUCGUCACCUUAACAAGAUCCAGACACACUUACCGCCACACAAUACAUAUGGUUUCUCAUUACGGUAGAAACAACGGGAUAUCUGGUGCCUAAUAACCGGGGCUGCUACCGGACUGCGGCCUCGGGGCCCCGCCCUCCGCAAUGCUAUGGGCCUUAGGAGGUAGAGAUAUGGAGACAGAGGAACAGAACGGAGCUGUGUGUCGUAAAUGCAUUCAGGUUCUCAAAGAUUAACCCUAGGUAUUUUUCUUAUUUUUCCCCUCACGUGAACAUGUUGAAGUUUGUCUGGGGUGCAGAUGUAAUAGGACAUAUACACUCUGCUAAGCAGCUAUUGCUGUUUUCAUAUGCUAAAUAGCCCAGUCUUCUGAGUUGAGAGUUUUUGGAAACUGCAUUGUGGCGCGUCACGAUCGAACCUUGGGGAUUAUUGCACAAUGGCUUUGUCAUCUGCCAAUUGACAACACAGGGCCAAAGUGAAAAGGCGGUGAUUUUUUUCAAAGCAACAAACUCUCCAUCUCUCUUUUACACACAGACACCGCAUAUAGGCUUACACACACAUACACAUACACGUACACAGGCUCACCACUCUCCACACAUACACAGGCUCACCACUCUCCACACAUACACAGGCUCACCACUCUCCACACAUACACAGGCUCACCACUCUCCACACAUACACAGGCUCACCACUCUCCACACAUACACAGGCUCACCACUCUCCACACAUACACAGGCUCACCACUCUCCACACACACCAGCCAUGCCAUCCCCGUCAGACUCCAGCAGUGUAGUGUCAGCCUCUGGGUCUCGGGGCUGGUCAGAUAGCUGCCGGGGCAUGUCUGGCCGUCAGGGUGGGGCCAAACUGCUGCUGUACCUGGGGCUGUGCCACCUGGGCCUGGGGGCCAUGGUCCUGGCCUUCUCCUUCACCAGCAUGGCCUUCACAUCCUCAGCCCGCGUCCGACAGUCCUGCCCCUUCUGGGCCGGCUUCUUUGUUGUGGCAUCAGGGUUAGUUGGACUUAUCUCAUGGAGAAGACCACUCACUCUGGUGGUGUCCCUCUUCAUGCUGCUGUCUGCUGUGUGUGUCAUCCUUAGUCUGGCUGGAUCCAUGCUCUCCUGUCAGAACGCACAGAUGGUCAAGUCACUCCUCACCUGCCAGGUGGAGAAUGGGUUGUGUGUGUGUUGCGCCCCAACACACUCCUGCUCUAUAAACGAGGAGGAGACCCUGGUACUCUACCUAAACGCAGACUGCCACUCCGUCAGACAUCAGCUCAAGGACCUGUUGUUCAGUGCUUGUGGUCUGAGUAUUCUCUCUACCAUCAUCUGUACUCUGUCUACGGUCACCUGUAGUAUACACAUCUUCUCCCUGGACCUAGUGCACCUGCUCGCCCCGCACCGCUCUCGCUCCGUCAACCCAGAAUGCACCACUCCUCAGGACGCCUUCCUGACCAACAUCAUGGACUUUGAGGAGUUUGUCCCGCCCAUCCCUCCGCCCCCCUACUACCCCCCUGAAUACACCUGCAGCUCUGAGACAGACGCACAGAGUAUCACCUAUAACGGGUCGAUGGAGAGUCCAGUUCCUCUGUACCCCACUGACUGUCCCCCUCCUUACGAAUUGGUGAUGGGACAGAGAGCAGCUAGCCAGGCCACGGUGUUUGACAACCAUGGGAAUGAGCUGUCUGGAGAGAGGGCCACAUCCACUGCCUUCAGCGGAGAGGUCUCCAUGGACAGUGGUUCUCUGUUGAUGUCGGAGAUCAUUGACAUCCCAGACGACUCCUCAGCUUCAGAGGACUUCUGCCUCGUGGGGGUCAGGGCUAGGGGGGAGAGAGGGAGCACCGGGGGAGUGGAGGAGGGAGACGGGGGAGAAGGAGGGGAGUAUGUGAACUUCCGUGGCCCCCCUCCCCAAGCCCCGGAGAGUCCCCUGGUAGAGAGUCCCCUGGUGGGCCCCAGGGCCAGGCGAUGCUACAGAGGAGAGAGGUCCAACUCCUGCUCCUCAUCUAGCACUGCUACAGCUACAUACAGGUCUCCAGUGUUGAGGCGACAGGCUAUGUUGGCCAGUAGUUGUUCCCAGUUGGAGCUGCUAGGGGGCGCCACCUCUCACCAGUGCUCCUCUAUCCUAGAGAAACGAGUCAGACCUUGCACCCCUUUACGACGCGGUUCCACCUCUGCAGCUCCUCCCACUUCCUCAUCCUCAGAUGUCAAUCAGCAGGGUGGUCAGGGCAAAGGGGUACCCCUCCCCCUACAGCCGUUGUACCUGCGUCAUCAGGGCAGAAGGAGCGAGAGGGGGGAUAGUGACGGGCUUCUGCCCCUAGUGAGGUCACACAGCGAGCCUGGCCUCAGCUCUUCUGCUGAUACAGUUGACUUCAGUGGUGGCUCAGUGGGCAGUAAAGGAGUGAGGGAGGGCUCUCAGACCUCUACAGACACAGGUCCGUCCUCCGAGGCAUGCCUGCUACCCCGCUCCUCUCUGGUGCCCCCCUCAGCCCUCCUCCCCAGGAAGGGCAGUGUGAAGGCAGCCACCAUGGGGCGCACCUUGCCCCUCUCCAAAGGCCCUGCCAACUCUCCCUUGCACCUGCCCAAAGAAUGCAACCGCUCUCUUGGGGACCUCAAGGUGACGAGGGGGUUGGUCGCUCGCUUCCUGCAGCGCUCCAAACGGAACCUGGCGUCCGCCACAGAGCAUUCUGGGAACACGGGACAGGGUCAGAAAAGGAGAGGCGGGGUGGAGGGCAACGGCCAUCUCCCUUUAGAGCAGGUGUUACGAAACUCCUGGGGGGCCAGCCAGGGAACCCACCCGCCAUACCCUCAUUACCGUGGUCACCACCACUCCCAUAGCGACAGCCGGCACAACCGCCGUCAUAGCAACCAACCCCCUGUGACGGAAGGGAUCCACUUGCGCAGCUGCGGCGACUUAAGCUCCUCCUCCUCUGCGUCGCUAUGGCGAUUACUGACGGCCAACCCCCCCCACGGGUCAUCAGGGGCACUGUACACAGAGUCAGCCCUGUAAGAGGGGGAGGAGGGAGGAAAGAUGGGAGGGGAUGGGGAGGAAAAGGAGAGGAGGCAGAAAGUAUACCCACACAGAGGAGAGUGGAGGCAUGGUAUGGUCUAAUGAAGAAGAGAUACAAAGGGAGGAGGAGAGGUGGAGGAUGGUAGGAUGAGUUAGACAGGGGAGAGGAAGGAUGAAGGAACAGGCUACUGACAUAUCCUGAUGGGCGGUGGAAGGAGUCAGCACUAUGAGGAGGGAACGACUGGACCUUUGCUACAGCCUUGUUCCAAUACUUUCAACAUGCAUCCUACCGCUUUCCCUUCCUCCUUCCCCUUGGAGCCCUCCAAUGCACCUGCGCCUGGCCUUCCUUUCCUGAACUUUGACCUCUCAACUAACCUUCAACCUCCACCUAGCCAUACUGAAAACAACUCUAUCUGUCCUCUCCAACUCUCUGGGAUCUCUCUCUAACUUCAAGAGUAGAGAGAAGGAGUAGGAUAAUGAAGUUUCCCCUAGACUCUGAGCUAUGGUCAGUUUAGUGUUUCUCCUCCUAAUGGUUAAGGUUAGGAUCAGUGGAGCAUAAGCUGAUCCUAGAUCUGUGUCUAAGGUAAACACUUUUCUGGAGCUGUGAAUAUCACUCUUACACGAACCGCAUACACUCAUUAAACUGCUCACUCUUUUUAAAAACUCAAAUGUACGUUCAUUUGUCCAGCUCUUCAUCCGGAGCGAAACUCACUUUAAGUGUUCAUGGAACUCACCUUUUUGUCUUCCACUCGUGAAAUGGUUAACCUUCCUUUUCUCCUGACGACACUGUAAAACGUACAGAAAAAUGUACACUCGUUUUUCCCACUGACAGUGAAAGUUUAAUGGCCUGCUAGUGUCGCCGUAUGUUUACAAACUUACAUCGUUAUUAUUUUAGUAUUUUUUUUUGUGGUUAAUUUUCUUGAGGUAAAAUCAACAUGUAACACCCCUUACCUAGUCCAUCUCCAAACUGCCUUCAGAGGAAAGGUGCCUCAAACUCAAAACUCACACACCAUCUACUCAAAACUCACACACCAUCAGCCCCAAACUCAAAACUCACACACCAUCAGCCCCAAACCCAAAACUCACACACCAUCAACCCAAAACUCACACACCAUCAACCCAAAACUCACACACCAUCAACCCAAAACUCACACACCAUCAACCCAAAACUCACACACCAUCAACCCAAAACUCACACACCAUCAACCCAAAACUCACACACCAUCAACCCAAAACUCACACACCAUCAACCCAAAACGCACACACCAUCAACCCAAAACUCACACACCAUCAACCCAAAACUCACACACCAUCAGCCCCAAACUCAAAACUGACUACACCGUUCUAAGACAUCAUACUCCUAAACUCUGCAUUUCCUGUCUCUGAGAUGCCCUUGGACAUAGCGAUUUGAUUUGUAUGUUAUGGUACAACCCCCCAUAAUGCACUCCGAAUGAAACAGGAGCCUUGUUCAAAUACUACAACUUCCCUCCCUGUGUAUCAAAUCCUACAAAAUAACUAACCUCCCCUAGGAAUGACUUUAGCUGCAUGUUUUGGCAAUGCUUCUUACUUUUCUCCCUUUCUCUCUCUCUCUCUUGCAUCCAAAACCUAGUUGCUCUGAGCCUUUGGAAAUGUGUUAAUGUAUAGUGAAGGGGAUGGAUCAAUGUUGUGCUGUUGAACCCAGAGCCGUAGAUAUACUGGGUUCUAACUAACUAUCAUCCAUGAACUCUGUGAUGUGUCUGGCUCUGGCUGAACGGUUAUGUCUGAUCAAUUACACCUCAGUAUGAUUCCCAAAGCACUAAAGAGAUUCUUGCAAUAAAUGUAUGUAACGGAUUUAAACACAACAGAGACACACACACACACACACACACACACACACACACACACACACACACACACACACACACACACACACACACACACACACACACACACACACACACACACACACACACACACACACACACACACACACACAGACACACACAACCACACACACUCAAACACACAGAAGCACUGAGCUGUGUUAAAAAUGUUGCUAUAAUUUCUACCUCCUAUUUUGCACAUUGUAUAAUUGUAUGGCUUGAAGUGAUAGAGCCUAACUGAAUAAACAUAUUAUUCUCUUCAAAUAUGAUACAUAAAUGUUCUAAUGCAAGAACUUUUAAUGCAAGUCAUGUAUUUCAACAUAUUGAAUAAAUGAUCCACAACAUGAAAGUGUUCAUGUGUGUAAUGCGU